UAUACGUAAAAAUACGUGCCGCCCUCAGAUUCCAGGCAUUCUGGAGAACCUCUGGCUGCGUAGCAAUUUCAAGUUGGGCGCCAUUUGGCUUCCUACAACAUAGUUAAAGUAACAUGUUGAGAGAAUGGGCCAGUUCUGCAGGCUACGAGCGGCUUUGGUUCAACACUUGUCCUUUGCAGAACCUCUAGGACUGGUGUUGUUCAUCGGCGUACGUAAUCUGGUAGAUCACCUCCGCCUGCGCAUGUUAUCGUCUGGCUGGGUUAGUACUAGAGGUACGCACACGUGUAAGUAGCUGAGUGAGGAGGUCGGUUGUUGCACCAGUUCACGCCCCCUUCCCUCUCUUCAUUCCGAUCCUCCCCCGUUCCCACAACCACCCUUGUUUUCCUUCAUUGUAAACGGCACUCGAAACUCGAAAGCUAUCACCGCGACUGAUGAACAUGAUGGCGCAUAACCCGCCUCGUAUACUCAUUAUCGGUGCCGGCUCUCGCGGUCGAGCUUAUGCUCGUGCCAUUCAAUCCUCAACCGACGGCAUCGUCACCGCAGUAGCGGAGCCUAACGAGUAUAAGAGAAGGCAGUUCGGCCAAAGCUUUAUUUGGGGAUCACACGCUCUUCCGUCCGAAGGCGCCCAGUUCGACGAUUGGCGUGCCUUUGUUGCAUACGAGAAGGACCGGCGAGCCCGGAUUUUGGCCGGCAAGAAGGAUGUCUCUCCCGGCGUCGAUGCCGCCUUUGUGUGCGUUCUGGAUGAGAUGCACAGGGAAGUCGUUCUUGCCCUUACCAAGCUUGGAGGCUUGCACAUAAUGUGCGAGAAACCACUGGCCACGACUCUGCGGGACUGCGUCGACAUGUACGAGGCCCUACGCACCAACACGAACGCCAAAGGGGAGCAGAUGGUCUUUUCUAUAGGCCAUGUCCUUCGAUACAGCCCCCAUAACAUGCUGCUCCGCAAGCUACUCCUCGAAGACCGUGUCAUUGGCGAUGUGCUGUCCGUUGUGCAUACGGAGCCCGUCGGUUGGUGGCAUUUCACCCACAGCUACGUCCGUGGUAACUGGCGUCGAGAGAGUACCUCGGCGCCGAGCCUGCUGACUAAAAGCUGUCACGAUAUCGACGUUUUGUUGUGGCUUCUCUGCUCGCCCGCCUCUUACAUUGCGCAGGAUGGCCAAACCCCCCAUUUACCAUCCACCAUCAGCAGUACGGGCUCGCUGCAGUACUUUAAAAGGAGUCGAAAGCCGGCGGCCGCAGGAACGGCCACCAACUGUCUAUCCUGCCCUAUCGAGUCGUCGUGCAAAUAUUCGGCGAAGCGCAUAUACGUUACUCAGGACAAGUUUGGUUUGGACUCGCACAAUACCGACUGGCCUGUCAACGUCGUUGUUCCCGAUAUCGAAAGUUACCCGGACAAGAAUGUGGCAAGGGAGACACUGCUUCGCGAACUGGCCAAGGAUUACGACACCAGCACCCCCGCCUUGGAAAUCGAACAGAGCAACUGGUUUGGCCGGUGUGUUUACGAGAGUGACAACGAUGUGUGCGAUGAACAGAUUGUCACCAUCACUUGGGAUGAUGACCCCGUUCCAAGUCCUCCGAAUUUCUCCCACGAGUCAGGUUCAAAAGAUGUGUUGCUUUCGGACCCCGCGCGUGGCCGUGGCUCGAAGACGGCAACUUUCCAUAUGGUUGCUCAGACGAACAAGAUCUGUCAGAGAUAUACGAAUCUGUACGGCGUCGACGGGGAGAUAUUUGCCGACUCGUCUACCAUUACGAUCCAUGACUUUCGCACCGGGGAAACAACCACCCACCACCCUCGGAAUGAGGACCGCGGUCACGGAGGUGGGGACCUGGGACUGACGCGCCAGUUCGUUCUAGCUGUUGACAAAGUCAAGAACCAUGGCUGGACUACCGACAGAGCACAAAUGGAACUAGUCGGUUGUACUCUAGAAGAAGUGAUGCGCAGCCAUGCUAUGGUCUUCUGUGCCGAAGAGGCAAGGAAGAACAAAAAGGUGGUCGAUUGGGGCGAGUGGUGGGCAGAGCAUGUGGAAGGUAAGUUAAAGCGUGAUACAAGCUAGGUCUUGUUUGAUUGGCGCGAUGGUGUACUGCUAGCUAGGGGCGCUCUUGCUUUCAGCCGCGGCUACUUAUGUGUUUGUUCGUGGGUUUGGUAACGAAGGGAUAGUGUUCUUUGUGACGAUCAAGUGUGUGUAAACGUGUCCGUCCUGUGGGAGUACAGGAGACCAGAAGAGAACCAUUCAUAUUUAACCAGUAAAAGAUGAGUUACAGGUUGAAAGCUGACUUCUAUCAUAUCCUACAAUAUUAUAUCAGUGUCCCAGCGGGUAGCCU